GGAGGCCGGGCGGAGGCUGUGAGAGUGUCCCGGGAGCCAGCAGGGCGGAGAGCGGCCUGUGAGGGAUCCCGCGGAGCCUCCCUGAAGGAGCACCCUCGGACCACACUUCUGUCUGAUGGCAGCAGCCCGGCUCCUUCCAGGAAUGUCGGCAUGACCGUCUCUCAGAAAGGGGGUCUCCAGCCAACACCGAGCCCAGCUGGAUCUGGGGUGCGACUUGGACCAACCGCUGGAGACAUGGAUGAAGCUGACUCCGUGUUUUUAAAAUUGAAGCAGACGGCAGACGACUCUCUGUCACUCACGUCCUCCAAUGCNGAGUCUGUUUUCACAGAAGAUCCUUACAUUGCCGCACUGAGGUGUGAGAUCGAAGCAGAUGCACAUGAGUUUGAGGCCGAGUCCUGGAGCCUCUCUGUGGAUUUAGCCUAUGCCAAGAAACAGAAGAAGGAGGUGGUAAAGAGACAGGACGUCCUGUAUGAGCUGAUGCAGACAGAGGCGCAUCACGUGCGCACGCUAAAGAUCAUGCUGAAAGUAUACUCCAGAACCCUGCAGGAGGAGCUGCAAUUCAGUGGCCAGGCAGUCAACCGCCUGUUUCCGUGCGCUGACGACUUACUGGACAUGCACAGCCACUUCCUUGCCCGCCUUAAGGAGCGCCGGCAGGAGUUCCUAGAGGAGGGCAGUGAUCGGAAUUACGUCAUCCAAAAGAUCGGCGACGUCCUGGUUCAGCAGUUCUCAGGAGAAACCGGAGAGAGAAUGAAGGAGACAUANGGCGUGUUCUGUAGUGGCCACAAUGAUGCAGUCAGUCAGUACAAGCUAUUGCUGCAGCAGAGCAAGAAGUUCCAAAACUUAAUCAAGGCUCUCAUGGAGUCCAUACUGACCAUAAACCUCCGUGUAGCCAAAGCUGGCACUGAGGACUACAAAGACCUGAGCCAGGCCCUGAGCCUCAUCAAAGACAUCAUCUCACAAGUGGACGCCAAAGUCAGUGAGUAUGAGAAGGACCAGCGCCUCAAGGAGAUCGCAGUCAAGAUGGACCCAAAGUCUUCCGGCAAACUCAAAAAUGGGCUAACCUUCCGAAAGGAGGACAUGCUGCAGCAGCAGCGCCAGCUCCACAUGGAAGGCACCCUGUGCUGGAAGUCCACCUCGGGGCGCUUGAAAGAUGUCCUCGCUGUCCUGCUGACCGAUGUGCUUUUGCUGCUGCAAGAAAAGGAUCAGAAAUACGUCUUUGCUUCUGUGAUGUCUGUCUCCUCCCAUGGCGACAGAGAUGCCAGAAUCAGCUCUGAGGAUGGAGACAGCGGGCGGGGCUGCAGCUGUCCNGACNAGGAGGAGGGCGUUUUCAGCGAGGCUGAGGAAAAAAAGAUAGCUGAAGCCCGCNCCACNAAACUCCGGGAAUUUCAAGAUCACCUGCUGACUCAUGUCCCCCACCUCUCCCUCACAGUCGAGGGCAUCCAGAGCUUGAUCUGCCAGCGGCACCUGGGCAGCACCAGUAGCCAAGUGGAGGAGGGAGGUGUCUCUGCAGGCCUGCCUCGGCGGGCUGAGACCUUCGGGGGCUAUGACAGUGUGGGAAGCCCUAGCAAGGGUGGCAGCUUUAAAAGGAAGGUGUCCAACAGUGACCUCAGGCCCCAAGACUGGCAGGGACCUGCUAGCAGCCCAGANUCCAGGCCCUGUGACAACAGCGCCCCCAGUGGCUGCUGCGAGGAAUCGCCACAGGCUGUGGAGAUGCCUAGCACAGAGAGCAGCUCCUGUCUGCCCACUGUCCUGGAAUUAGAGCUGGUCCACCGGGUCCAGACACUGUCGCAGUUGCUUCUUAGUCUCCAGGCAGUCAUCGCUCAACAGGAUAGCUAUGUGGAGAUGCAAAGAAUGGCCAUCCAGGAGCGUGAGAAGCAGUUCCGGCUGCAAUCAACACGUGGGAACCUGCUGCUGGAGCAAGAGCGGCAACGCAACUUUGAGAAGCAGCGUGAGGAGCGCGCCGGGGUGGAGAAGCUGCAAAGCCAGCUGCGCCAGGAGCAGCAGCGAUGGGAGCGGGAGCGGGCACGCCAGCAGCAGGAACUGGAGCUGGCCGGUGCGCGACUGCAGGAGCGGGAGGGCGAGGCGCGCCAGCUGCGCCANCGGCUGGACCAGGAGCGCACCGAGCUGGAGCGACAGCGCCAAGCCUACCAGCAUGACCUGGAGCGUCUGCGCGAGGCACAGCGAGCAGUGGACCGUGAACGUGAGCGCCUGGAGCUGCUGCGCAGGUUCAAGAAACAGAACACUGUACCGGGGGCACUGCCCCCGUCCUUCGACCUGAAGCAGCAACUGCUCNUCAGCAAGUUCAUAGGCAAGGAUGAGAGUGUAUCACGGAACCGCCGCUCACUGAGUCCUGUCCUGCCUGCCGCCCAUGGGUCUGCACCUGCCCCAGACCCCUGCUUCCCAGCCCCAAGCCCGGCCCCGGCUACCACACCCCCUGAGGCCUUCAAGUUCGGAGGCACGUCACUNCCACCUGCCUCCCCAGCUCCCUCGCUGCCAACCACACCACUCACCACCACAGAUGAAGCUGGCAAGGAAGACGUCAUCUUCUUCUGAGGGGUCGUGGCCCCAAGGGCAGACCCCUUUCUGUCGUGAUAUCCCUUUAUGUCUCUGGGGAUCCUAUAGGUGACUGUUCUGUCUGGCCAUCCCCUCCCCCUGCACAAGCACAGCCAGGCACUCAUUCACCUGAGAUUGCCCAAAUGGCAUGCCUUGAGUCUCACAGCUCUCUAUAGAUGUAGUGGCAAAACAUGGGUAGCCCCUUGAACAUACAUACAUACAUGCAUAUAUAUUUAUAUGUGUAUAUGUAUGUGUGUGUAUAUGUGUAUAUAUAUAUAUGUAUGUGUAUAUAUGCUCAAAGUUCUUUUAAGUUGAAGGUGGAACCCCAGCUAAAACCACAGAGAUAUUUUAAACCAGAGGUAUAAAGCACAAG